UUGAUGCGUGGCGGGUUCAUUGCCCAUGGCUGAUUUUGCGGCAACGUCGCUGGGGCCACCGGGGCGCUUUCAGCAACUGAUCGAAGAGCUGGUGGCACAGCAUGACCGGGAAGUACAGCUCUUGAAGUCCGAGAACGAACAGCUGCAAGAGCAAAUAAUUUCGGUAGGUAUCGAUUACGCACACGAGGAAACACACGGCUUAAAACUUGAAAUUGAGCAGCUCAAUGAAGAGAUCAGACGUUUGCAGCGUGGAGGGGAUCCGGAGGAGCGUUGUAUGGAGCAUCCUCUGCGGGAGGAAGCUGCAGAGAUGUUGUCUGGACCCCCCACCAUCACCGUAGAUUGCCUGGAAGAACUGCCGGAAGUGCGCCAGGGAGAAGUGGAACCAGAAAGUGGCCGGGGUGCAAGUAGAACUCGAGUUGCGCCAGAACCUUUGGAAUUAGACGAAAAUUCAAAACCAAGAUUGAGCUUUCUGAAUCAGGGAGAAAGUCCUCGGGAAAGUCCUGAACGAGAAUCCAUUAGAGAAUCGGUUGAGUUGAACCGAUCAGUGUCGCUGAGCCGAGCAGUCUCGCACGAGGACCAGUUGGUGGUUGUCAGGGCCAUAGCCUAUGCAGUUCAGCUGCCUGGUUCAACCUUGCCAGGUGACUGGGACCCUGCGGAGGGUAAACUGGUUGUAACGGUGAACUGUGGUGAAAUGAGCGGAGACAUUCCUAUGAAAGCAUGGGGAGAAGAAGGUGGUGAGGUGCUCCUGCACGUGCCGCGGUCCAUGCUUGACAAGAGCAUCCCUUUCGAUGUCCAAACCGUUGGUUCAGCCAUUCGCAUUGGCAGCGGAAGGAUGCAGCUAAAUUGCACGCGCCAGCAAUGGAUACUUGACUGCGGUGGUUUUCUCGAAAGCGAAAUUCACAUCGAGAAGGCAACUACGCCUGCUGGGAUGCGCCGCACUAGCAUCACCACGCGGGCCAGAAUCAUUGAGAGGUUGGAGAAACUCUUUGAUGUCAAAGAUGGGGCAGCCAAAGUUGUAAUGCCAGCAGACUUGGGCUUGGCCAUGCACAAUGCCACCCUUCUGAACACAAGGUCCGCAAAGAGACAAUCCGCAAAAUUUGAGUCGCGACUGGCACCAGAAGAUCUAGAUGAGGUCAUGAUUGAGCUGAAGAGGAUCCACCAGAAAGCUAUAGAGAAGAUACGUAAAGCAGUUCAUUCGCAGCCUGUCCUUUCCUGGAGUUCCUUUGUAGAAUGCAUGCUGCUGCAAGACUUGCCAAAGUUCUCAUCGGGGCAUGCCGCUUUGCACCUUUUCAUAGUUCAGCGAGAACUCUUGGGAGAUGAGAUGCCGGCCACAGGCACUUCACAGGCGCUACUCAUGGCCUAUGAAAAGGCCAAGAAACCUGUUUCGACCUCCCAGCGGUGGGUCAGCAUUGUUACAGCGCUGUCUACAGCAGCCAUCAUUGUCAGUUUCGCUUUCAUGGGCAUUUCCCUGGACACUGAUCCAGAUUGGCCAGGGUGGAUCAUUCUGGAUGGCAUUUGUGCGAUUAUUUUUGUUGCGGAGGUGGUCGUGAAAUCUUUGGUGCUUACACCGUCUGAAUAUUUUUUUGGGCGUGACUGCGUCUGGAAUUUGUUCGAUGUGGGCCUCUCUUUCGUGGCGGUGACUGAAAUCAUCCUAAGCGUCUUGUUUGUCAGUGCUGGUGCCCAAACGCGGGCGGCCCUGGCGCUUCGUGGGCUCCGGCUCGCCCGAAUGGCUCGCCUGGCGAAACUGAUGCGAAUGCCGUUGCUCGAGGAGUUAGCAAAUCUCAUCUCGGGCCCUUCAGCCGCAUCAGCGCAUGGGCGCAUGAUGGCAAAGCUGCAAGCUGAUACGCCAUAUGUGCCCUGUGACUGUGAGGUUAUUGCUCUUGGUUUCCGGGCUGGUGUCCAAACAGUCUCGCAAUCAACUACGGACAGAUGUGGCUAUGGAGACUAUUAUGAGUUCAAGCUCCCGGACUUGGACGGCGACGAUGAUGGCAUGACGGGCAUGACGGGCAUGACGGACCCGCCUCUCCCACCCGGUUGCAAACUGCACUACAUGUAUGGCGUGGAGUUUUGCGGCUCCGUCUUUGGUUGCAUGUUCUCUAUCUUCCGAUGCAUGAUCAGCGAGUGCACGUCCAAAGGUGGCAGGUCGCUGACCAUGAUCUUUAGCGAUGGAUUUGGUAUCCAGUUCGACGUAUUCUAUGCAGCAGCUAUGGUAGUAGUACUUUUUGGUCUCUUCAAUAUCAUAACUGCAAUUUUUGUCGAGGCCACUCUGAACGGUUUGAAGGAAAAUGAGGUUCAAAGGAGAUAUGCCAAAGCAUAUGAAUCCAACUACAUGACAGAACAGCUUGCCAAGCUCGUCAUGACGGUAUCCACCCAAGUGCAAAAACUCAGAAGCAGGACUGCUUUGCCAGCGAUUUUGGGGUUGAGUAGCUCCAAUUCAAACAGCUCCUCACCCGGUGCCCUUCAGAACGGCGAGAUCUACUUGAGUGAGGAGGAGUUUAAUCAGCUGGUCAGACAGCCUGAUGUCAGACUUAUUCUGAAUGACCUGGAUGUGAGUGUGGAGCCACGACCAGGGAUCUUCGAAGCUUUCAGCACAGAGCAAGAUGGAACCGUAUCUUUGUCAGAGCUGGUGUCUGGUCUGAUGAGACUGCGAGGAGACCUUCACAAAGUUGAUAUGGUCAUCGCGCAAAUGAGUCUGGAUCACAUGCAGAAACAGAUUGGAGAUCUUAAAAAAACUGCAACCAACCAGCGCAGAAAGAGUCGCGCAGACCGCCCGGUGAAGGUCAAAGUCGUGGCCACCCGAGCAGCAUCCAAGAUAGCGAUGCCGAAGGCAAUCGCAGCUUCGGAGAAUGCCGUUUCACCUGGCAGAUUUUUAUAGCGAAGGUGGACAAAAAUGGACCCCUGAGCUCC